AUGAUUUCUUCAUCUUCCACUAGUAGAAACAUUGUGAGUUUUUAAAGGACCAGGGAACCCAAAAAUUUUUUGAUUAAUUUGUGAAAUUUUUUUGUGACUGUUUGAAUUGUCUCUUAUUGCCUCAUACAUUGGUGAAAUGCUGCCUCUCAAAAAUGCCAAUGAACGAAACGGCAUGCAGUUGAAGUUGUGGCCGUGGCCUAGCGCCAAUGGCCGAAAAAUAUAUAAAAAUAUAUGCGCUUCUCGGCGAUUUUAUUUUUUCCGCUUUUUUACCGGUUUUUUUCCAAAAAUUCACGGUUUCUCCCAUUUUGGCACUUCAUAUCGACUGAAUGAAAACAAUUUUUUAGCAGUGAAAAAAUAAGUAAGUGCCGAACAGAUGUCAAUCAACUGAAAAAUGGGAGAAACCGUGAAUUUUUGGAAAAAAACCGGUAAAAAAGCGGAAAAAAUAAAAUGGCCGAGAAGCGCAUAUAUUUUUAUAUAUUUUUCGGCCAUUGGCGCUAGGCCACGGCCACAACUUCAACUGCAUGCCGUUUCGUUCAUUGGCAUUUUUGAGAGGCAGCAUUUCACCAGUGUAUGAGGCAAUAAGAGACAAUUCAAACAGUCACAAAAACAUUUCACAAAAACAUCAUAAAAUUUUUGGGUUCCCUGGUCCUUUAAAUAAUGCAGUUUAAAACCAAUUUUCAAACAAAACUUACAGACUUCCCCGGACUCCGAAGACCACGUCGUUUUGGCGAGAAACAUUAAAUCGCGCAAUGAUAACUGGAUCAAUUUUGUCAAUGUUAGUCGAGUUUAUUUAAAAAAUGCACGUCCUUUAUUUAUUAUAGAAGAGUAACAAUUACCAAGAGCAAAACGGGCGAUUCAUCUCAACGCACCAUGUGACGGCGGGCACCUUGUGCAAAUUUUUCAUUUUGAAAAAGAACAUAAUUGUAAUAGUCAAAACGAAAACUGGCGCAAUGCCAGUCAAGCUGGAAGUUAGUGAAAAAUGACGUUCGUUUUAAAAAACGAGUGAAAUCUUUGAAGGUUGUCGGCCCCGAACUGCUGCAAGCACGUGAAAUGGACAACACAAAAGAAGUGAAUUCACUCACAACAAUCAAUUUCGACGACAUCAUCAAGGAUCCAUUUCAAGUGGAGAGAGAACUGAAGUUAGUUUAGUUAAUAGUAGUACUUUCUGAAAUAAAAAAACGUUUUUGAUUAGUCUGCUGCAUUUUGCAACAUUGUCGCUCAAAACUGAUCCUUGAGCAAAUGAGGAGAAUUUUUAUGUGAAUCUACUAGCUAGUUGGCAUCCGCGGGAGUGACUGUCAAGAACAGAACCUGUGAAUUUAACAAAACAAUAAUUCGUUUUCCAGGCAUCUUCCAAAUAAAUAUAGAAUUAAUUUCCUUUCUCCGGACUUCUACAAAGUCCGUGACCUGCACGAAGCGGCGAAAUUCUUGGACAUGGAAGUUUGGAGUGUGAUCAAGGAAGGCGACAUCUUCGAGUAUCAACUGCCGGAGUUCCCUCAGUCGGUCAGCCUUGCAAAAGUGCUCAAAAAUCAUCGCGGACUGCUGUUGAUUCAGUUUGGAAACGUGAGUAUUAUUCAUAACAAUUCGUAGGAAUUUUCGUUAACUAAAAUUUAGGAGCAAAGAUGGGUACACAUGUUUGAUCCGCUCAAUCACAGCGUCGGAUGGGUCCAGAAGCAAGCCACGCACGAUCACUGGAAACCUUUCGCACAAGACGUGAGUUGUGUUUUAAAUGUCUACAAAAUUAUGAAAAAAAAAGAAUAUUUUUCAGGUUCAGUAUGUGGAGGGCUAUUCUGCAGAUUACGUGGCUUCAAUCGCAGACAAGAUUGUUCCAUCAUUUGUAUUCCGGAACAAUACAAUGCACAAACACCGAUUGCCAGUAAGUUUUUAAGUAUUAUAUGCUUGUUAGAUUCUCAGAACCGUGUUAAAGUUUUCGUGUUUCUUGCUAACAACUACAUUUUCGUUUUAGAAAUUUAAGUAGGGUCGAACAAACAGAGAAAUAAAGAAACGUACCCGGGAAGACUUUUAAUAAUAAGAAUGAUGUUUAAAGGUGAACACAAUGCUCUGCGUUGCCGACGAGAAGUUCAAUUCAUUUUGGUACGCGCACGUGGUUGAGGCAUCGGUAAACAAGGAGUUUUUCUUCUUCCUGAAACUUGGAAAAAAGUACAUCAAAGACACACGAACUGGCGUAAGAUAUCAUCCACGUCCACUGCUUUUUUUACCGACAAUAUCUCAGAACCCAGUUUUUUUCCACAUCUACGACCCCCGCAUUUUUUCGCCGUCUAUACUAUUGGAAGCUGGGAUUCAAAUUCAACUCGACGAAAGCAUUCCUUGUGGACGGAACGAGAGCAAAAUCUUAGCGUAUGCCAAAAUGCUCAUGAAACAGGGAGUGAGUUUUGUUUAUCAAAAUUUUUAAGAGUUAGUAGUGAUAGUCACAAAAACGUUACAACGAUCAACAUAGUUAUCCUAGCUCACGCUUGAGAUAAAAAAAUAUUUUGUGACUAGAAAAAUGCAAACUCAAAAAAUCGAAUCUACAUGGAAUGGCAAACUAACUAAUAUUUUUUACAGCCCAUCGCAGGCGCGAUCGUAGACGAAAUCGGGAGUCAUGGUCUAUUCUGCGUCAAAUAUUUGGAGAAAAGAGAGAUUUCACAGGAAGCAGCACUCGAAAAUCAUGAAAACCUGCGAUUUGUUGAGGUGACUUCGUAAUUUAUGAUUCACUAAAUAUAAACGAAAUCUUAGAUUAUGCGGACGUCGCCAAGUGGCUCACAGAUGUGUGCGGCGGAAGUAAAAGGGUUCAACAAAUGGAUGAUGCGGAUGAGGGUUGAAGACGAAGAAGAUGACAUUUACAUGCACGUCUUGUUAGUUUAUUACAGCGAAAAUAACUCUAAAAGGUUACUUUCAGCGAUCCGAAAAUAUUCCAUGUUGGCUCUGCUCUCGAUAUGGGGAUCGGGAUCCAGUUCAAUGAAAGAGAAUUUAUAAAAAAUGUCAGAAAAUGGUGAGUUUUGUGAAGCAUGAGGUCCGACUGGACCGUUUCAAACGCCAAUGCAUUUCAGAUUCAGAGGAAAAGGUGUAAAGCACGAAGAACAUUUUGAAAACAAUCCAGACUCGAUUCAGCCUUCCGAUGGAUAUCAUGAAUAAGUUCUUCUCACUUUUGUACGGUUUUCUUUAA